CUAGGCCCUAGAAGAGGUCUAAGGUGUUGGCGUGGUAGCUGUGGGCCUCCUUCCUUGCAGUAGUCCCUACUGAGGGCCUGCUAUUUGCUGUAGAUGUCACCACAGUGCUGAGCGCGCGCAGCACUGCCCUUGUGGAACUCACGGUCUGGGUGGGGUCUGAGCAUUAACCGUGGACCACCGCGGGUGUAUGUCACCACGGGAGGAAGUUCGAGGGGCCACGGUAUGGGGAGGGGGCUCAGGAGGUGAAGCUGAAGUUUCCUCGAAGCAGACGAUUGACUUAAGACCUGAAGGGAAGAGGAGUGCUCCAGGAAAAGGAAGAGCCGUUGGCCUGCAGAGGCCCUGUGGGGAGACAGCAGACGGGGCUCCUGGAAGCUAGGGUCCCCUUGCAGGUGGUGGUGUGGGGGCGGGGACAGCACUCAGGGCCAAAGCCUGCCGGUCAGAGUAGGCCUGUAUUACGGUUGGAGAACAGGGUUGGGGGUGGGGGGAAGGGGUGUUGCACCAGGUGGCCUUCUGCCUCCCUUGUGGGGCAGCUGCUAGGGAGCCAGGGCACCGCAGACCCCUGAGCGUCGUCUCUGCGUGCCACUUGGCCGCCCAGCUGCGGACGGAGAAAUUUCCCUGAGCCUCCGUUUCGUCUUCGAAACAACCUCGUUAGAGGGCUAGCCUGGCUCAACCGGCGCGUCUCCGCCGGCGACGGGCGUCUCCCGGGAGCCCGCGCAGGCCCGGGUGGGGACGGUGGCCGUGAGAGCGCGCCGAGGGCCCCGCCCACGGCGAGAGGGCCGGCGCGCGUGCGUCACUGCCCAGCCGGCUGGAUCCGGUUCCAGCCGAGCCGGGCAGACCUGACAUGCGCAGUGCGGGCGGGCGCCGGCGGUGGACGCGGAGAUCGGGAACAGCAGCAUGUGGGGCUGCGCAGGAGACGGACCUUGCACUGUCCCCUGAGCAGAAGAGAGUCCUGGAAAGGAAGCUGAAGAAGGAGCUCAGGAAAGAGGCAAGGAAGCGGCUGCGGGAGGCAGGCGCCGCCCCCACCCCCAGGCUGCCAACCCAGCGCUCCGGGGCCCAGCUGGCCCUGGACUACCUCCAUGGCUGGGCCCAAAAGCAUGAGAGUUGGAGAUUUCAGAAGACAAGGCAGACCUGGCUCCUGCUGCACAUGUACGACCAUGACAAGGUCCCUGACGAGCACUUCUCCACCCUGCUGGCCUACCUAGAGGGGCUCAAGGGCCAGGCCCGUGAGCUGACAGUGCAGAAGGCUGAAGCCCUCAUGCAGCAGCUGGAUGGGGUAGGCGACAGCACAGACCCCCUGCUGCUGGAGAAGACCCAGCGUGUGCGGCAGAUGAUCUUCAGCCAAGCAGCAAGAGUGCCAGCCUCGCCAUACCUGGGCUCUGAACCAUCUGAAAAACACACUGGGAAAUUACAGUAAAGGAAGAUCCACAAGGCUGGGGCUCCCCAGGAGGAUCAUGACCUCAUCGAUGAGGCCCAGCAGGGACACGAACACAGGAUCCCCGUAGUCAAACCGCCGGCCGAACAGGAGAGUGAAG